GGUUUCUUAGCAACCAAGAGUCAACGGAAGUUUUGUUUUGUCGAAUGCAGAGUUAUGAGGAUUGUGCCAGAAAAAUACAGGCGUGUUGGAGAUCAUUCAGAGACAGGCGACUCUUCAGACUCCUGAUGAAUACUGUACGAUCAGCUGAGCAGUGUCUGGCAUCAGCAGUUCUGCGUCAGCUCAGUCCUAAAGAAGCCGAUCUCCUGAAAGACCCCAGUCUGAAGUGCAAGCUCAGAUUCAGAUUUGCUGGUCCUCGGUUUCCACCUUCACUUGUGUUCAAGAUUUUCCACACUGGAGGAGGAAGAAGACAGUAUUUGUCUGGGGAAAAACUCCUCGCUUCCUCCGGUCAGUAUAACAGUCAUCUGGAUGAGCUUCCUGCAUGUGUGGGUGGAAGGGAAAACGGAUGGCGGUUUCUGUCUCUGAAGGUUUUGUCCCGGGACGUCGCUCUCAAAAAGAGAUUAAAACCAGGAAUAAGAGCUUUUAGUGCAGGUGGACUGAAUGCGAUCACUUCUCAUUUUGCCGGACAGCAGCUCUCACACAGAAGCUCUCAGACUUCCUCACGAUGCUCAAGACGUGCUAAAAACACUGCAGACCGCAAGAGACGCCUCUACGGCCUGAAGGAGACCAGGAGAGGCUCAGAUGAUGAACAAGGCAUGAAAGAGAAAGGGUUGGAGAAAUGGGACAUCAUAGUUUUACCCUCGGUGGAGACUGAAGACAAUGACGACAGCUCAUCUCAGUCUGAAUGGGAGGAUGAGGCAGAGAAACUGUGCAUCUGGUCAGAACAGCUGAAUAUAGAUGCUAUUUAAACACGUGCAUUCAUGUGGAUGGAGAAACUGGGCUGAAGGCCCUAUAUACAGCAUAUGCUGAGAGUU